GCUUAGCUAUCUCUCUCCUACCUCCUAACAACAGCACUGUCAUUUUCUCAUUACCAUGCACAUGUCCAACAAGAUUCUUUCACUUUCCAGUCAAAUUUCGGCCUAACCCAAUCCUUCCUGGCUUUUCUUUAUUGCAACUUUCUGUGAUUGGAAUUCAGAUUGGGAGGAUUUCAGUCACUCAUGGGGAAGGUGGCGGUCGGAGCUGCGGUUGUAUGCGCCGCCGCCGUCUGUGCCGCGGCGGCGCUGGUGCUACGCCACCGCAUGAUAAGUUCCAGGAAGUGGGCCCGUGCCGUGGCUAUACUGAAGGAGUUUGAGGAGAACUGUGGGACCCCAAUUUCGAAGCUGAGACAGGUGGGUGAUGCCAUGGAUAUUGAGAUGCAUGCGGGUCUUGCAUCUGAAGGUGGAAGCAAUCUCAGUAUGUUGAUAAGCUAUGUCGAUAAUCUCCCAACUGGGGAUGAGGAAGGACUCUAUUAUGCACUGGAUCUUGGUGGCACAAACUUCCGUGUCAUUCGUGUACAUCUAGGUGGGAAAGAGAAAGGUGUUAUUGGCCAAGAGUCUGACGAAGUUUCAAUUCCUCCUCAUUUGAUGACCGGUUCUUCAGAGGGACUAUUUGAUUUUAUAGCAGCAGCUCUUGCAAAGUUUGUUGAUUCAGAACCUGAAGGUUUUCAUCCAGCCCAAGGAAGACAAAGAGAACUGGGUUUUACGUUCUCAUUCCCAGUGAAGCAAACAUCAAUUGCAUCUGGGAAUCUAAUAAGGUGGACUAAGGGUUUCCAUAUUGAAGAUACAGUAGGUGCAGAUGUGGUGGGAGAACUAACCAAGUCCUUGGAAAAAAUUGGUUUGGAUAUGCGGGUUGCUGCUCUAGUUAAUGAUACAAUUGGAACAUUAGCUGGAGGCAGAUUUUACAAUAAAGAUGUCAUUGCUGCUGUGAUUCUUGGUACUGGGACAAAUGCAGCAUACGUAGAACGUGCACAUGCUAUUCCAAAAUGGCAUGGCCCUCUACCAAAAUCAGGAGAUAUGGUUAUAAAUAUGGAGUGGGGUAAUUUCCGAUCCUCAUAUCUUCCUCUAACAGAAUAUGAUCACGCUCUAGAUGUCGAGAGCUUAAACCCUGGAGAGCAGAUUUUCGAAAAAAUUAUUUCUGGCAUGUAUUUAGGAGAAAUUGUAAGGAGAGUUUUAUUGAAGCUGGCUGAAGAAGCUGACUUUUUUGGAGACGCUAUUCCACCCAAGUUGAAAGUUUCUUUCAUACUUAGGACACCUGAUAUGUCUGCCAUGCACCAUGACACCACCCCUGACCUAAAAGUGGUCGGAAACAAAUUGAAGGAUAUAUUGGAGAUCUCUAAUACAUCCCUAAAAAUGAGGAAGAUUGUUGUGGAACUUUGCGACAUCGUAGCUAGCCGCGGGGCUCGCCUUGCUGCUGGUGCUAUUUUGGGAAUCCUUAAGAAACUAGGAAGAGACACAAUUAAGGUUGACGAGAAGCAAAAAUCAGUAAUAGCAUUGGAUGGAGGAUUGUUUGAGCACUACACAAAAUUCAGAACUUGUUUAGAGAGUGCACUAAAGGAGUUGCUAGGAGGUGAGGUAGCUGAGACCAUUGUCAUUGAGCAUGCUAAUGAUGGCUCUGGCAUCGGAGCAGCCCUCUUAGCAGCUUCUCACUCACAGUAUUUGGAAGUGGAGGAGUCGUGAAAAUUAUUGUCAAUGUAAAAAAAAAAAGUGUUCUCACUGCAAAGUUGCAGUACUCAUAUGCUGGUGUCUGAGGCAUUCAUUAUUUUGGUUGCAGGGUUUGCCUCUGCGAAUAAGAGGAGUCCUAGCAACCCUCUUUUUAUUAAUUAUAAAGUUAAAUUGUGAGUCCUUACGUUUUGCGGAAUGUAGUUUGUUUUAAAAUAAAUCAGGACUUGAUUAAUGUAUUUAUGUUUUGUUUUA